AUGACAUUGGCAUCGUUAGUUGUUCUCGCAUUUAUGGUACAGCAUUCCAUUGGUAAAUCAAUAAUAUCUGAAUUUACAUUUUAUGGCUCAACAUUUUGGAUGAGAAAAGAUAACGAUAUGCUUAUUCUAUCACAAAGAGAUAUUGAUAGUCUUGCUGAAGUUCGUGAGACUACUGGAUCUAUACAAUCAAUAGAAUCGAUAUCAGAUCCCGACAUUGCCAAUGGUACUGAAAAAAUCCGAUUUCAAAAUGUGAAGACUAUAAAUUCAUCAGAUAAAUAUAGCAUGAUAAUUAUCGAUGAUCUAAGAAAUCAACAAAAUAUUGCGACAGCUGAUUUAAUGAAAGAUGAAGCUAUAACAAUAAAACCUGGACUCAGAAACUCUGAUAAUGUUUGGUGUUAA